AUGUCUGGCGUCGAGUCAAGGAAAGACUCUAUUUCUGUCUAUCUAUCUAAUCUCAGUCUAUUUCUGUCUAUCUAUCUAUCUAUCUAUCUAUCUCUUUCUGUUAAUGUAACUCUUUCUAUCUUUAUCUGUGUCGUUUUACCUCUCUGUCCAUGCCCGGAACCAGUUCUACAGAAGAGAAUCCCCGGUAAUCUAUCUAUCUAUCUAUCUAUCUAUCUAUCUAUCUAUCUAUCUAUCUAUCUAUCUAUCUAUCUAGUCUUCUCCUUCUUGACUUCUUCUUAUCUAUCUAUCUAUCUAUCUAUCUUCUCCUUCUUGACUUCUUCUUAUCUAUCUAUCUAUCUAUCUAUCUUCUCAUCUUAUCUAUCUAGUCUUCUCUAUCUAUCUAUCUAUCUUCUCUUCUCCUCUAUCUAUCUUCUAUCUAUCUAUCUAUCUAUCUAUCUAUCUAGUCUUCUCCUUCUUGACUUCUUCUUAUCUAUCUAUCUAUCUAUCUAUCUAUCUAUCUAUCUAGUCUUCUCCUUCUUGACUUCUUCUUAUCUAUCUAUCUAUCUAUCUAUCUAUCUAUCUAUCUAUCUAUCUAUCUAUCUAGUCUUCUCCUUCUUAUCUAUCUAUCUAGUCUUCUCCUUCUUGACUUCUCCUUCUUAUCUAUCUAUCUAUCUAUCUAUCUAUCUAUCUAUCUAUCUAUCUAUCUAUCUAUCUAUCCGCAUGCAUAUCACUAGAUACAUAGCAUACUUUAGAAUACGUUUCCAUCUUUUUUUUUUCCGGAUUCAAAUUGACAGGGACGGUCUGUCUUAA